AUGGCUGAGGAAACUGGUGUCGCCUGGCCCAUCGCCGAUGAGGCUAUGAGCCAGCAGCUCCUGGAUCUCGUCCAGCAGGCUACCAACUACCGCCAGGUCAAGAAGGGCGCUAACGAGACUACCAAGACUCUGAACCGUGGUACCUCCGAGCUCGUUGUCCUCGCUGCUGACACCACCCCUCUGCCCAUCAUUCUCCACCUCCCCCUUCUGUGCGAGGACAAGAACGUCCCCUACGUCUACGUUCCCUCCAAGAUGGCCCUUGGCCGUGCCUGUGGUGUCAGCCGUCCCGUCAUCGCCGUGUCCAUCACCACCAACGAUGCCAGUGAGCUCGCCAACCAGAUCCGCGCCAUCAAGAUCCAGGUCGAGCGCCUGAUGAUCUAA